CUGUGCUCGGGGUGAAUGGGAGGUCAGCGCGUCUCACCAAUAUUAAAAUGUGUACCGGGUGACACGCCUCGCCCGUUAAACAAAGAGUGUGCCAAACUGGCAGAUUAAUUUGAAAACUUGAGUCCAUGCACACACACACAACACUUAAUGCCUUAAAGAGCCACAGUCUCCACCGCAGCCCUGCUCGGUCCUCCUCAGCCCCAACCCGCUCCAUGUAGCCCAGCACCGGGAAACACGGGGAACGGCCACCGGUCAGGGGGCUUUCCUCUGUCAUUUAUCGCCGCUUUGGUCGGGUUUUCACGCGCGGGAGCGCCCGGUGCUGUUGAAGGCGUUACGGUGACGUGUUGUCUUUGUUUUCGAUGGAUUAUCACCAUUAAAUCGGUUCUACCUACGCAGUGUUAUCCCAGUUCCUCUACCGCGGAGUCUGAGCAAUACGGAUAUACAGUCAUGUUUACGCUUUGCCGGAGAGACCCGCGGCUGUGCGUCUGCGCGUGUGCAUGCGUGCACGUGAGCGGGAGUGUCCAGGGAAACGACAACGACCUUUUUUUAAGAUACCAUGAAGAAUCCUGAAGAGGUCAAAAAACCUGUGGCGUUGGAAGCAGAGAGAGAGAGGAGGAGGAGGAACUGAGGUGUGAGCGCUUCUUUUUAUUAUGGAGGGAAAAUGAAAACAGCUGCGGGUGUCUGGAGACGUGGAGAAGAGCAAGAAAAAGAAAAUGUGAUGAUGAUAACAAGAGGAAAAACUGUGGAGAUCAAUGUGACGACGUUACUAGGAAAGGCGGGUCCACGCGCUACACAGAACCACACACAAGACCCCUUCUGCCAGGAGAUACAGAGGGCAAGGAACAGACACAGACAGAGGAGAAGAAAAAGAAGACGUCUUGGAAGACACCCCCCCUCCUCCUCCCUCCCUCAAACCCCCUCCUUACACACACAUAAACACUCAUACAUACACCUCCCCUUCCCACGCACCACCAAGCUAUUUUUACACCCCACAAGUAUCCUACCAUAAGAAAAAAACUUUUUUCUCUUUCAUUGGAAAGAAAAAAAUCCCUCCUAAGAAAGUCCAACAAACCAGUCACAGAGUCCUCCCGGCGCGAAAGAAGAAGAUGGCCCCGAGGUCGCACAGAGUUCUGGCGUCCAAGUUCUUAGGAGCUUUCUGGAAGCCGCUUCCUUCCACCAAAACAUUGGGGAAUAAGAGGAAAUCUUCCGGUCAGAUUGCAGGGGACCGUUGGAGAGACGCUGUCACGUGACCCCCGGUACCAAAUGGUCUUCCGGCAGUGGUUUUCAACAAGGACCGGAGCACAAGCAGACGCCGCCACUUCCCUCAGAAAUGCAGAAGACAACAUACUACGACAACUCCUCGACGCUUUUCGGUGGCUACUCGUCGUACCAGGUGCAGGGGGCGGCAGCGGCGGCAGCGGCAGCAGCCGCCAACGGCUUUGGGGGCUACGAUGCCCCGGUCCCAGUGUCCCACCACCAGCCGGCCUUCCAGUCGGCGACCCAUCUGGAUGUGGAUUCGUACCAGCGCUCUGCCUGCUCGUUACAGUCGCUGGGCAGUAACAGUGGCCACCAGCAGCAGCAGCAGCUAGCCAAGACCAAGGAGCUGAAUGGCAGCUGCAUGCGGCCCAGCCUGCCACCUGAGCACCACCCCGGCUCCCAGGUGUCCCCCCCACUGCCCCCCAACCCCAGCAGCGGUAGUACAGGGGCUCAGCAGCCAGGGGGCAGUAAUGGGGCUUCCUCAGCCUCUAAAUCAGCCCCCAAUAAGUCGUCUAAUUCCUCCUCCUCCACAUCAUCCUCCUCCUCCUCACUGCCCCCCAACCCGACCUUGGCCAAGCAGAUCUUCCCCUGGAUGAAAGAGUGUCGUCAGACGACCAAGCAGAAAAACUGUUCACCGAGCAACAACUCUGGCAACGCCUCCGGAGGAGCUGAGAGCGGGAGCAGCGGGGAGAAGAGUCCUACCAGUGGAUCGUCGGCGUCGUCUAAGCGGGCUCGUACGGCGUACACCAGCGCCCAGCUGGUGGAGCUGGAGAAAGAGUUCCACUUCAACCGGUACCUGUGCCGGCCACGGCGUGUGGAGAUGGCCAACCUGCUCAACUUGUCUGAACGCCAGAUCAAGAUCUGGUUCCAGAAUCGGCGUAUGAAGUACAAGAAGGACCAGAAGUCCAAGGGCCUGAGCUCCAGCUCUGGAGGGCCCUCACCCACCGGCUCCCCGCCCCUGCCCAUGCAGUCUUCAGCCAGCUUCCUCAACUCGAUACACUCCAUGGGAGGGGGAGGCGGGGGAGGAGGGGCCGGGUACGAUGCCCCAUCUCCACCAUCUUUUGGAAAGCCCCACCAGGGAGUGUCUUACUCCAUGUCCACUGCCUAUUCCAAUGUCCCCAUGAAGGGCUGCCCCUCCCAGCAGAAGUAUGGCGCCCCAGAUCCGGACUAUGGUGACCCCCAUCCCCACCACGGUCUCGUACAGGCCAACAGCGCUGGCUACGGGACUCCCACCAACAUGCAGGCCAGUCCAGUCUACGUGGGGGGCGGCAGCUACGUGGAACCCAUGCCAGGCUCGGGGCCCUCCAUUUACGGGCUAAACCACCUUGGCCCCACGCCACCCCACCACCAAACUAUGGACUACAAUGGCGCAGGGCCCAUGUCGGCCGCCAACCAGCACCAUGUGGGUGGAGGGGGCCCCCCAGGUACCUGUGACCCGCCCACACACCCGACGUACACUGAGCUGUCAGCGCACCACACCUCGACUCAGGGCAGAAUCCAGGAAGCACCCAAGCUCACUCACCUGUAGCAGGUUUGGAACAAAAUGACAACGUAGAACAUAGUGAAGACGACACAGAACAAGUAACAUGACGCGACUCACUAACAGACUAGCUAAGAUGUGUGGACUCCACCGCUACUGCUGCAAAGGGACGGCAGGAGAGACAAAACAAGACAGGCAGGAGCCAUCCUGUGGUUUGUCCUGUGCUCUGCACUCACAAAUCAGUGUUAUGUGUUGUCCAGCCCCACCCUGUUUCCACUGCCCUCGCCAGUCUGAUCAGGUCCAGAGCUUCCACUGGUACCUUGAAAGUGCAGUUAAUUUCAUUUCAACCAAACAGAGGUUGUGUCUGUGAGUUAGUAGCAGCAGUGCAGCCCAACCAUGAACCAUUAAUUACAUCACCAAAAACACAAAAAAAGAUAAAAUACACAUCCUGCAAUAUAAAAGCAGUUAAAUCACUUGUAGCUGCUAAAACUUUCACAAAAUGUUUUAGUCUUGGACCAAACUCACUAACUUCUCUCUCCUGUUUUAUCUUCACAUCCUCAUACAGGACGUGAGGAAAGAAAAUUGUUUAAUUUAACAGUGUAUUAUCACUUUUCAUUCAUUUCAGAAAAACAGAAAUCUUCAUUCAUUUUACCAAUGUUUACAAAUUUUAAGAUGAACCCUUUUAUGGAUAUUCACAUUCUACUCCUGAGUGUUAAUGGCCCCAGGGUGGUGAAUCAUACUGUAGACACGGGAGACAAGGUGGACAGUCGAUUGUCCACCACGCUCCCCUGGGAACAAUAAAGCUCCUCUUGUGGCAUUAGUGCAGAGACAUAUCAGCAGCUGUGUGGCAUGGCAACAUGUACGGUGAGCACCAUUGUUUGGUCAGUAUUCAUUAGUCUAAUAAUCUGCUGCACACUCGAUCUUAAAAUUGCAGAAUUAACUAAACAAAGCUGAUGUUCAUUAAAAUAUGUCUCCAAAAAAAGAUAAAAAAUAAAAGGAAUAUCUAAAUUACUCAGCAAAUGAAUUGAGCAUAAUUGUCUACCGGUGAUAAAAUCCUCCCUCCAUGUAUUACUGGACUUUUCCAAACAACUCUUGCUCAGACGGAGGAGAGUGCAGUAGUAGUUCAGAUAGUAUGUAGUAAAGAGAAAAGCCUAUAAUAGCUCUGUUAGAGCUAGUAUGUGGUUUAAAAUUGUACUUUGAUAAUAAAAUCACCCCCUAAGACACACACAUACACAGACAGCUCUCCCGCCUGGUAAAUGAAAUAGUUGAGAUUUUAAUGGGCAGUUAACGAGGUGGUUAGAUUUAUGACGCUGAGCUCUCUCCCCUCCAGGCAACACAUGCUGUUGUCAGCCGGGCUGAGCUAUGUGAAGGGCUCUGCCCCUUCAUCAGCUGGGGAGGAAGAACAGGAAUAUAUGGCUAGAGCUGGCAGCACUCGUCUCCUCCUACCACCCCCCCCCCCACCCAGUUCCACAAAGUACAUAAAAACCCCCGGAUGGUUGUCCCCUCACUGUCUCGUUUUGUCUCCUGUCGUACCUGUCUCUGUCCGUCCAAACCGAAUCACAAGUAACCCACUGUCUCCUGUCUGUGGCAGCAGCACACAGCUUCUGAAGGAGGCUAAACUUUUCCACCACCUCCCACUGCCCCCCCCCCCCCCCCCCCGCCCCACACACACACACACACACACAUACACACAUACACACAUACAUCCAUCACCCAUGCACAUGCACUCACCACCAUUCCCAUCACUCUAACAGGGUUUAUGAAGCUACGAGCUCAGAUGCUAAACUAGCUCCCAUAGACACACACGUGUGUUAGGCUACGUUAGCUAAUCACACCUUCAUACACACACACACACACACACACACACACACACACACACAGCAACGCUAAGCUAGCUUCCUUUCGUUGACACACAUCCACAGCUGGGUUGUUCCAGCUGUUGACAUCUUCAAACAAACAUGGAAGAGAAAUCUUUAAUGUUCUUAUUUUAGCACAUCAUCGACACAGGGUAAAUAAUAAGAGUGGAGAACACUUAUUUAUUUAUGUUUGGGUAAGUUAUUGCCCUCCUCUCUCUCUCUCUCUCUCUCUCUCUCUCUCUCUCCCUCGCUCUCUCUCUCUCUCUCUCUCUCUCCCUCUCUUUUUGGAAGGGUUCACUUACAUUAGCGCCACACCAAUGCGUUAAAGUCCACAUUUUAUAUUUUGUUUUGUUCUCACAUAUCUUGACUUUUAACGUGGAUACAGGGUAUAUAUUUGAACAAAAAUGCAUGUCCCAGAAAUCUGAGCUGGUGUGCAUCCCACAUUUUUAAAAGCACUGGGUUUAUUGUGUCUGAACAGUCAGUGAGAGCAGUUUGGGGACAACACACACCAAAACCCUUACACUCACUGAUGCUCUGAGAGUAAACCAGUGGUUUUUAAAAUGCAGAUUCAUACACAUGCUUUUCACAUCUGGGCAUCAUUGUUGCACUUAGAGUUUACAUUUUGAUGGUUAAAGGUAAAAAAUAAUAAUAAUAAAAUCUUAUUUUGAAGACGGAAGGCCCUCCAAUCAAAGCGUCUUUCGUCAAUGUGUGUUCAAGUGAACAUUCAUAUCUAAAUAUUUAUUUGUUAUAGCCAGUUUAAAAAAGACUUUCUGUUUUGUAUUAUUAUUUAUCCUUCAUGUAUUUAUAUCAAGAAAAAAUACUGUACUUUUUUAGUAUUUACCUGUUAUGAAAGAAAAAAAAAAACAACGUUGUGUUUCUUCUUGUCCAUUGUACUGAAGUUAAAUUUUUUAGUUCUUGUAUUUUAGAAGAAAAUAAGUAGUUUUUAUGUUCCUAUAAUGACCCUUGUACAUAAAUGUCUUGGCUUGUACAAGGAAAAAGGCAAGGCUGGGGAUUGGUGACCCGCCCUGCCAUAGUCAGAAAAGUUAGACAAACUAUUAGCUGGAAAAAAGAACGAGUCUUUUUGGAGAAGAACAACUUCUUUCUUUGUCAUUUGUAGCUCCCUUUUCUUUGAUUGUUGAGAGAGUUGUCUGUCAAACAAUUCUUUAAUAAAAGGUUAUGUUAUUCAGA